AUGGAUGGCGCCCGGCCGGUCCCAUUGACACCGCAGGCCAAGAAGCCGCCGGUGUCGCUGCGUCAGCAGCCGCGUGCAGUGUCCGUGAGGGCGCCAAAGUCCCGUCCGCUGAGUGGGAAACUGCAGAUCGACGCCCACGAGCAGGCGCAGGCGCAGGAACAGGAGCAAAAGCAGGAGGAGGCGACCACUCCAGGCGCAGGACCGCGGCGGAGGGAGCGCUCUGGGUCCAUGAAGGCCAGGCCGCGGCCGUUUGGCGGCAAGCUGAAGAUCGACGUGGACGCGGCGGAGAUGGCGGCGCCUCCGGUCAUCGGCUCGCCUCUGGGCUACUUCCCGUCCAAGAAGCUGCCAUCCAUCACACACGAAGACCACCCAGUGUCGAUGUUUGCGGCUGCUGAGAGCCACGCCGGGACUGGGUUGCUGUCCACGGCAUCGCCGUUCUUGGAGUACGGCAUGGUGGUGAGCCUGGUGUGUGAUGACAGAGGGGGGCUGGUGGCAGCAGAAGGGUUCGCGUCACGUGAUGUGAGGCUGGAGAAGUUAAGUUAUGGAACAAUUCAACUACGGCAUACAAAAAGUGGCAAGUAUGUGUCGUUGGAUCCCUCACCAAUUUCCUUUCGCGGAUCGGAAUACGCCCCGGUACCGGUGGACCUAGCUCCCAUUUCAGCGUGUUGCCGCGGUUUAAGCUGCGAUCUAAAGGUGCACCUUGCCGAGGAUGAUUCUGUGGAGCAACUACGAUGUCGCCAGAAUCUGUUUCGGACCUACCAGUAUAUCGAGUUGCUUAUUGAAAUGAUAAAGGCGCCAUUUCAAUGCUACGGUGGGCCAUUUUCCAUCGAGGAAGUCUGCUCAUACAAUGACGAGUACAUGAACUCGUCGCGAGAUCCAGGCGAGGACAACGACGAGCUGGAGAUGAGAGGGUCACCGGUCCGUCGAAGAACAGAUUCAGGGGCCGGUAUGUGGUCUGGUAAUAUAUCGCCUAAUACCAGGGGAUUGGUUUCUCCGAGGAGAUCGAUUCAAGAUAAUCAGCCACGGCGCAAAACCACCUUUGGUGGUACGACAACGGCAUCUCGCCAAGAAACGCAUGCUGCUGCAAUGCAAAGCCUCAAUCGUAUCAUCCCCGCGAUCAAUGUCCUCCUGCUUCACAUAUCUUGGGCGAACCGGGCAAAUGAGCUUUAUGUGGUUAAAGUUGCGAUGCCAGUGUUGAUAGAGCUGCUCGGAAAUGGAUUCCAGACCUCGUUGCCACUCUCCUAUUUGCUGCGGGAAAAUCGCAAUUUGGUGGAAUCAAUCACUGGCUACUCGAGCAUUAUCCGUAAUUUCUUCGAGCUGAUUGCCACUCGAGGAAAGUCUAUCCGCUAUAUGCAGUUUUUGGUUGCCUUGUGUACGUCACGGGGCAAAGGAGUACCAAAAACGCAGGAAGCGAUUUGCGAGUUGCUUUUCAAUCCAGCUAAUGGGUAUCGGGAUGACGUAAUUAUUCCGGUUCGUCCGUCUGAUACUGGGUUUGAAAUUUAUCAUGCCUUUUUUUCGACAUUGAAAGGAUACUGUUUCUCGUAUCUUGAUCGACUGCAAGGAGCGAUUGCGAUCGACGAAAUUCCUGAAAACGAGCUGACACUUGCCAUCAUUCGUGUUUCUCGAAAGAUGGCUGAGUUUGGGAUGUAUUCUACCGAGGACGAACUAUCUCGUUUUGUUGUCCACUUGUUUGACCUGCUAGACGAAAGAACCGAUUUCGUGCGUGAACCUCCAGAUGCCGAUAAUGAUAUCGUUGAACUCAAGAAGAAAGGAUACAAUUCGCCGGUGUCCUCGGCGCUUCACCCACGACAGACAUCCGGUCCGAUAAAUCAGCACACAUCGUCUACCAUGAAACAGCGAAUGACUCCCCAUGUGUCUGGAAACAGUGAUCGACGAUCGGGGUGGGGAGUAGCCUCGCAACCUUCAACCCAUUUCAAAAAUGCGGUACUUUUUGACGGCGCAGGAGCUAUGUCAAGUAUCCGCAUAACGAAAGAACGUGAUGCUUCAAGGCAGUACAAUACUUCCGGUCGAGGUGCAUUCCGCACUUCAACUGGUGAUACUAGCAGUGCCGCAACAAGUGCAGGCGGCAGUCCACAUCGGCACUUGAACAAACUACUGAUGCACAAGGCCGAUCUACAUGUUGGACAUUCCGUUGAUGUUCACGAGAUGAAUGAAUCUAAUCGGGUCGUCAUGGAGAUAAAGGACGAGAUUUGUGCGAUUUUCCUCCUUGUCGACCAAAUUCGUGUAGAUUUUCUGAUCUCAACACUUCUGGCAUCCUUCCAAGCCCGCCAUGGAGGCCCGCCAUCGAGUUCUCCUACCCGCAUUCGUGAUUCUGACGUAAUUCACACAGCACUGUUCGAUGACGCCAUAGUUAGAGAAGCCGUGUCCGGUGCGUUUGCGGUGCCACCCCGAGCGUUGGAUCUCAUACCUCAUGGACACCAUCCCGAAAAAAUAUCCCCGCUUGCAGUCUAUCUUUUCGGAUCCAAGUCAAUGGAAUGCAAGCUCUCGCUAACUCGAUUGGGGCGGAGGAGUGUGGCAACAGUCUUCAUGCAAAUGCUCAUGUAUGAGUAUCCGCCACUCGUGUCGAAGGCCUUGGAGUUGUUGCUACAGCAGUACAACCAGCACGACCAAUUUUUGAAAGAGUUGCAGACCGUGCAGUUGCUCGUCUCUGAGGAAACUAUCACUAUUUACAACAAGUUGAAGGGUGACGUGGACGAACUUCGCAGACUGGCCGAGACAACAGAGGUCUGGAUGGAUUUGACGUCGAGAUCUGAUUUUGAGCGAGCAUCUGCGGUCUGCCAGCUACUGCAAUCGUUGGUAAGAGUCAUUGAGCAAACCAAGACGGAGGGCACUGUGAGUAAUGAUGAACCUCGGUUAGGUAGAAUUCGUCGGCAGCUCAAGUUGCAACCCUCAGAGAUGUCGACGAGUGAGGAUGAGUCUACUGAAGACGACGCGAACUCGGAUGCAGAUUUACUUGCGACAAAUUCAAAAUGCACUCCCAAGCAAACGAUCCUUCCAGAGAGAGAUACUCGGAAACCCAUGCAACACAUCAGCAUUGAAAAACAACCUCCAAACCGGAAGAUGAACCGCCAGACUGAACGAUACGUGUUGAGUCCAACCAUUGGCCGCGUAAGUCAGUAUUCCAGUAGCCACGAGGUGAUUCCACCCUUUUGUGCUUCAGCAGUCGUGGCUGCAACCGACGACAAGACCAUCGCAAUGGAGGCACGACGUCUUUUGCGCAAUCUGAGGGCGGCUCAAUUUGUACUGAACAUGCUGGUUGAUGGCGCUCACUUCUACGAAGGUCAUUUAUCGCUUGACAAUGAUGAUCAACAUUCUCCAGGAUCUCCAACCACAAGAUCAAGAACGAAGCUUCAGAAACGGCAAAGAGAUCAAAUUCGAGGAGUUUUCGGGAAGGGGAUGCACUUCUUGCGCGUCUUUUGCAUGGGUGACGUUGAGAAUCAGAUGCUAGUGGCGCCUUACGCGACGAUGAUAGCGGAGUAUGUUCACGAUCUCCCGAUUGCCCAGGAGCUUUUGGUGGCAAUAUUUGCGGACAAUUUUCCACUGUACAAUGCAGUACCCACUGAGCUGAUCAACAUUUUCGUUGGACGUUUGAUUCAAGAUGGUCCAGAUCCGAGAUAUCUUUUCUUUUUGGAAACUCUCGUGCUUUGCAAUGAACAGCCUAUUGUUGAGAAUCAGUUGCUGGUACUUUUUCAGUUGGUGAAGAGUUUCGAGAAUGCCAAGGUGCUUCAAAUGUUUGAUGAUGCAACACAAACCAUUGGGCUGAUUGGUGAUUUACUGGAAAGGAGUGCAAGCCUUUUAAGAGGGAACGCGGAUGCUAAUCAUCAUUCUACGGCCUUCGAGUCAAUCAGUCCCCUAGCUAAACUCGAUGAAAUAUCAAGCGCUGGUGAGACCAUCGACACGGUAGCCGACCGUCAGCGUGGCAGCAUUGCUGAUAUUGGGAAAACUUUGGAGUAUCACGUGCGACUUCUUCAUCUUUUCGCUGCGUGUGCUACCGGGAAGAACACCAGGGUGCAAGAGAUUUGCCAACAGAUUCUACCACUUUCAAGUUUAGCAGAGGACACUGCCAACAGCUUCGAGGAGUUCGUGUACGUCGUCGACAAAACAAUUCGCCCAAGCGUGCUACAGUAUCAAGCUCCUGUGCAAACAUCGCUAGAGCAACUGUGGUCAAUGUCUCUCAAAUAUCGCGAGCGACUCGACUGCUCUGGAUUGGAUUGUGAGCAAGAAGUGUUGGGCAUGCUGCUGUGGGCGCUUGACAUGCGUGAUAAAGAACUCAAAAGUGACUCAUCGUUAGGGUCAAUAGGUAGCAAAAGUCCGGGUGAACUGCCGGAGUCCUCGCUAACUGACACCAAAGAUGACAGCCCCCUCGGCCUAGCUAUCCGCGACAGCAUCUCCAACGGGAACAACCUAAGGGACUUCAAUGGAGCAGAGCGUACCGAUACCCGUGUGAAGGUAACUUCGUCUUACAAGCUGGACUGUCUAAGCAAAACUACGCCUGUGGCAUGGGGAGAUGCAGGAACAAAACAAGAAGUGUCGCCUACGCUUCCGAAUUGCGUGAUGAAAUCUGAAGGUACUCUGGAGACUAUUGAAACGAAGAACAAUGGUCGGCUUCUGCAUCGUCUCUCACCAAGACGAUAUUACAAAGGACUUCGAGCUGGGAAAAGCGGACUGCGGUACGCGAGUCCGAAGAAGAAGAAUGCGCCGUUGUUCAAUUUAACGUUAUCUGAGCGCCGAACUUCGAACGCCUCUGUUGGACCAAGCACCGGUGAGCAAACGGAGGAGAUAAACUUUUUCGUGCGCCAGCAUCAACAGUUCAGCGAGUUGGAUCAGUUUAUAUUGUGGCUGCAAGCCAACCCAAGAGUCCACAGUGCCAUGAGAGACGAGCUUAAUCAAAUGGUGCAAGGGAUUCUAGGUAUUGAGACCUCGAUGAAAGAGGAGUACAAUCCCCAUGUACACCUCAGAAAUGUGGUGCUAUCAUUUGAUCUCGUGGUUGCCCGGCUUGUCGAACACGUAGAAGCUCUACAGGACUCCAGCUACCUCAAGACGAAUUUGACCCUUCUCAAUGUUUUCUGCCGGAUGAUUUACGCUGCUGGGGAUUCAGAAGAGCGACACAAAAUGCAAAUCAAGCUGAACCAUCUCGGCGUAACGCGGUUAGUAGUGCAGCUAAUUGCAUCGCGUGAUAGCGAUGCGCUAUUUGCGAGCAGUAUCGAAGUUGGCGUUGCAUUGUUGGAUGGUAUGAACGCUGAGGUACAAGAAAGUUUCUGCAGCUAUUGGAGUGAGCCGGCCAACGAGAAGUUUUUCGAGCGGAUCCAAGACCGCAUUGAAAAGGCCUGCAAACUGAUCCACAGUAUCGAUCGAGCUAGUAUGCUACACCACCGGCAUUCCAUGUUUGGGUUCAAUGUUGACGCGCCAGGAGAUAAAGUGCCCGGAGCAGCGGAUAAAGGGGUGUCAAAACGACUGGGCGCACCAAUUACCUCAAUAUUCCGCUUUCUACAGCUUCUCUGUGAAGGGCAUUAUUUGACUGCACAACGCGCUUUAAUCGCGCAGCCGCAUGCUACAGUCUCGGCAAACUUAGUGGAGUCGACGACAUCAUUUCUCUUGGAUACGUAUUUGGCUCUCACGGAUAUGGACAUGGGUCUCAUCACACAACUGUUUGAAACAAUCACCGAGUAUUGUCAGGGUCCGUGUGUGGAAGCCCAGGAAACCGUGGCAAACUACAAAUUUAUUAGCGCUGUGAAUGCCCUGCUGACACACUCCUUUGACCUCCGUUCAGAGCAGGCUGUACACCAGUUGCGUGCAGCUAUUGUGAUUACUCUGCUUAGCCUCUUAGAAGGUCGAAGUGACCGCGUCCUGCACACCCAGCUCGUGCAGGAGUUAAACUUCGAGGCGCUAAAGAUGAAUUUGGUGGAAGUGUACAUGCACUUUCUUCAUAAUCAUGGCACCUACGCGGGUAACUCCAAGUGUAGUAAGGAUUUCUACUUGACCAUGGGGUUCAACAUCUACAUUUUGCUGCAGCAGCUAGCGGAUCAAUAUCCGGAACAAGCGUGGUGGAUCCCUGUUUCCGACAGCGAGGAGGUUCUAGGUGCACAAGCUUCGCAGCCACCACUAUCCUCUCGCAGUAAGGUUCACUCAGGGAUGGUAGCAGAUAGUCACGAUUCUUCGCCGGAGUAUCGGGACGCAUUUCAUUUUUUCCAGUCGAAGUGCGCCAAGGUCGAGGUUGUUUGGGAUCAUUGUCGGUCGUCGGAUACGCAUUCCCCAGGUCGUGUCAGUACGAAAGCUGCUGGUCGUGUUGGUGAGAAGGCAGAAGGCCCACUUGUAGUCGGCUUUGGUGAAACCAAGCUGUCGUCAGAUCAAGGUCACAGUACUUACACGGGCGCACUGAUUCCAUUUUACUUUCCUGUCCACCCAAUUUGUUUUUGCCUCACGAACAAGUCCAAGAAAAAACUUGUGUGGGAUGUUUCCAGGGGAGCUGAUAAAUUGUCGGACUUCUACGCACGCUCGGACAAGCUUGUGGAUGAAAUGACUCACCAAAGUCACUUGCUGCACCACGGACACAUUUCGUGGAUAGCGAGGAAGUCGGAGCAGAUCAAGCGCUUAUCAUUUGUGUGCGCGGUUAUUAUCAAUCUGGUUGUUCUAUUGUUUUAUCGAGCCGCUGGGAUUAAUUCACGGCCGUUUGCAGCGAGCGAAGUAACCUUUAUCCACACGUGGGGGCGAUCCGUAGAACCACCGAGGCCUUCCUUGUGGAUCGAUGCUGCAUUGUCAAUGGCGGGUACAGUUCUGAUUAUCCUGUACAGCAUCGUGCUCAUGUGCUACUUGCUCAACUCGGCACCACUACUGAUCAAAAAGGGCUGGAAACGUCGUCAUCGUAAGGAACAAGCCAAGCGCUCCAAGCGAUCCGCUAGUAGUUCCCACCACCGUCCCGCCGACAGCAAACAACGCGAGUCAUUCCAAGAUACAGAGCAGCUGUUGCGGUCGCUGCGCGAACGAGAAGAAGAGUACAACUAUUUGUUUCUUCCGCCGUCAGUUCGAAAGCGCUCAAAGCCGACGAAAUCCGACCCUGUAUCACUCAGUGUCACCUCGGUGGAGACAAAAGCGCCAAGUACCAGUGGGAUGCAGUAUGGGUCUCCGCGUGGCCGACUUCGUGCUCGGCUGGAGAUACUUGCCAUCUCUAUUUAUUUUCUCAUCCGAAGCCCUCGAGUGAUCUACUCUCUGUUGCAGAUCUUCAUUUCGAUAUUGGGGUCUUACGUCAACAAACUCUACUUUGCCUUCCUCCUGCUUGAUGUCGUAGAGCGUUACAAGGAGCUGAACAACGUGCUACGAUCCAUCUCACGCCCAGCUAAGGCGCUUGGAGUGACAACGCUGCUGUAUUUGAUCGUGGUGUACGUGUUCGCUGUCGUCGGCUUCUUUUUCUUUAGGGAAGAUUACACGCCUGAUGCCAAGGAUUUAACCCAAGCCCAGCGUGAUGGUCGGGCACCAUACACGUGCCAGCGGUUGUUCCAAUGUUUUCUCGUGAGUCUUGACCAAGGACUGAAAAGCGAUGGAGGGCUGGGUAGCUAUCUUCGACAGCUCCCGCUAGGUUCAACUGCACACUCCUAUGGUCGCCUGGCAUUCGACGUGCUGUACAACAUCCUCCUCGUCGUGUUACUUUUGAACCUGGUUUUCGGUGUUAUCAUAGACACGUUUGCUUCCCUGCGAUCGGAUGACCAGGAGAAAAUGCUGGAUAUGCAUGGUCGCUGCUUCAUCUGCUCAAUUGACGCGUACACGUUCGACCGAGCCACGAAACGAGGUUUCCACGAUCACAUCUCGCGCGAUCACAAUAUGUGGCACUACCUGUACCUGUUCGUGCAUAUUCGCAAGAAGAACAUAACUGAGUACAACGGGUUGGAGCUGUUCCUGGCCAUGCGAAUGGCCAAGAAGGACGUAUCGUUCUUUCCUACGCAUCGAGCUUUAUCCCUCACUAAGCGUGGAGAUCUGGAGGAGAGCCAUGACACCGAGUUAUCUGCCGAGGACGAGCGCUUCUCCGCAGCAAGUUCAUCCUUCGGGCUAAGACGCUACGCGGUACCGCCAUUUUCUCCUUCGAGGAAUUCGUCGUUAAUCUCCAGGUCAACGUCAUCGCAUUUUAGUUCGGACCAAAGAGUGCGCAGCAAGAGAACCAGCAGUGUCAGCUUCCACUCGACAUCGGCGGCUCGUUCAAUGGGAUAUCUCGACGUGCCAGCGGCUCCAGGAGUGAAUUCAGUUGAUCGUGCAACAAUGGGGAAGCUGGAGAAGAUCGAGUCAACAAUUAGCACUCUUGCAAACGCCCAGGCGGAGAUUAAAGAAGCCCAGCAGCGAGCAGAACAGCGGUACGAUGAGCUCUUGAGCGCCAUUUCGGGUUGGCAGCAGCAGCAACACGCACCUUCAGGCCAGUCUCCUAUCAUGACAAGUCGGAGCCUGUCGAUCGAUGAAUCACCGCCCGCAGUUUCGCGCCGCCCUUCUACUCAUAGGGUGAACCUGAGACCAAGAGAUACACGACAGACUUCGAACGCUUCGUCACUGGAAGUCAACGCCCCAAGUCUCACCCCGUCGGGUAUCUCGCGAACAUUGGAUUCGAUCACGCCACUUACCCUGAACAUCGAGACUCUAGCAAAUACAUCGGAAGGGGAAGAAGACGACGGACAUGGGUUUGCCGAGGAAGCGCAAGAUUGGUUUUCAGCUUCGCCGGAGCCUCGCGGACCUCAACCUCCUUCCCCGCCAAAUUCCUCUCGACUUCAGAUCGGAACCUCGUCGCUCAGCUACGAUCUCUCUUCGGCUUCAGACGACAUGGCCACUGAGUACUCUGCAUCGCCAGAUUUGAUGACGCCGGCACAGAGCGCUCAUGAUGGCAGACAGCAACGAUCGCCCUCAUCUCGAAAGGUGGCACCACGAGUUUUCAGCUUCGAGUUUGUUUCGGACGAGGAGGGAGAGCAGAAGGAGGAGGAUAGCCCAAGGCCGAAGCCUCGACGACGGUAA